AUGUCGCCUCGACCUCCACCAGUUCCAUUCGCUCAAUUGCCGCCAGGCUAUCCAAAGCUUUCUGGGCUGGUCUGCAAAGACAAAACUCUCUCAAUUUUUAGAAAGUUCCGCAGUCUUAGUACCAGGAAUCUUUUAUAUCUACAGAGUGAGAUUCUGGACCUUGAAUCUCAACUGCAACAGGAGGACAAAAAGCUUAGCCUCACCACCCCUGAGGACUUAAAAUCAUGGCAAGCCUUCUCGGGCUCUAUCGAGCGCACUCAGCUGGUCAGCACAAUCCGUCACAAGCUGAAUGAUUAUUACUCAACCCUCCUUCAAUAUGAGAAAGUGCUCAACCUCAGUUGCCCGUCGUAUGAGCAUGUUGGCUUGCUUAAAGACUGGAUGAAUUGCGAGCAGCCGGUUGUUGAUAGUACCAAAAACUACCUAGAACACAGGGAUCAAGCAGGAGAUCUGGAGUCGCCGUGGUACCGAGCGGAGGAAGAUACCGUCGACUUUGUUUCACUCGACCCAGUCGCAGAUAGUUGGCUAUCGCGGCUGCUUACAAGAACCUCCCUAAGGUACUUGUUCUUGGUAUGA